AUGUUGAAACCAGACGUUGAAGAUGCAGGAAUGUUGUUAUUCCAGAAACUGAAAAUUCAUAAUAGUGAAUUCAUCAGGCUUGAUGAAAAGCUGUCUAUAGAAGGCAAUGUCAUCAGUGGCUUAUGUGAGAGCAGAAGGAAAUGUUUCUGUUGGAUUUGUACUAAGAGUAAAGUUGCACCUAAACAUGGACACACAAUCCCUCGUUUAGAAUUGUGUGCUGCAGUUACAGCAGUUGAAUUAGCAGAAGCUGUAUCUGAUGCGUUGGAAUUUGCGCUACAGGAAAUAAAGUUUUAUUCUGACAGUAAAGUGGUGCUGGGAUACAUUCAAAAUCGAGUUCGAAGAUUUUCUGUAUAUGUAGAUAAUAGAGUUGCUAGAAUACUUAAGAACGCCUCCAGUGAACAGUGGUUUUAUGUGAGAACCGAUCAAGGAACUCGCCAAAUUUCAGCACGCAGCUUGAAAAAUAGCACGUGGUUACAGGGACCAUCAUUUCUACGUCAGAAAGAAGUAGAGAGCUUUGAUUUUGUUGAAGAUCCAGAGACUGAUGCAUCAGAAAUGUAUGCAAUGAAAUGUACUGUAAUGUUAACACAUUCCUUAGGAACAGAACGUUUCCAGCGUUUUUCGCAAUGGAGCAGUUUAGUGAAAGCCAUCAUGAAUUUGAAGCUUUUUGUUAGACAUUCAGUAACUCAGUGUGAGAAAGUUGUCUCAGUACAGGACUAUCUGAAUGCUGAAAGAUUCGUUAUUAAACAAGUGCAGCAGGAAUCUUUUUCUGAAGAUAUAUCAUGUUUCCAAGACAAGAAACCAUUGCCAAGGAACAGCAGUAUUUUGUCAUUAAAUCCCUUUCUAGAUAAGGAUGGACUGUUAAAAGUUGGAGGACGUCUUAAUAGAGCUGAUUUGGAUAAGUCAGAAAUGCAUCCAUGGAUUCUACCUCAGAAACAUCAUGUUUCAACACUUAUUGUAAGACAUUUUCAUAAUAUUGUGAAGCACCAAGGUCGCAACAGAACUGAAGGCGCGGUCAGAUCUGGAGACUACUGGAUUAUAGGAAGUAAACGCCUGAUAGCUUCAGUUAUUCACAGUUGUGUUAAAUGCAGGAAAUUGAGAGGUAAAGAAUUGCAUCAAAUCAUGUCAGAAUUGCCGAAAGACAGAGUGAUCCCUAGUUCCCCUUUUACUUCAGUUGGAGUGGAUGUUUUUGGUCCAUGGCAAGUUAUUGAAAGGCAAACUCGAGGAGGGUUAGCCAACAGUAAGAGAUGGGGAGUUUUGUACACUUGUUUAGCGUCGCGUGCAAUUCACAUUGAAAUUGAGGAGGAAAUGACAACAUCAGCUUUCAUUAAUGCAACGAGGAGAUUUAUGGCUAUUCGAGGAAAAUCAAGUGAAUUUAGGUAG